AACGACGGCCAUCGAUUAGCACAACAACCUCACUCCGUUGACGACAGACGGCAGCACCAUGGCAUCCGCCGCCCCCUUCCCCAACGUCUACACGCGCCGGCUUGUGGCCGACACGGCGGCCAAAGGCUGCGACAUCUGCUACAAGCCCAGCACCACGGUCCUCAUCACGCCCAACAAGCAGGACUUUUUCUAUGUGUGCCCGAUCCACCUCAAGGACGCCAACUUUGCCAGCCCCAUCGUCGACCAGGCCGCCAUCGACGCCAAAAAUAAGAAGGAACUAGACGACGAGGUAGAGCGCCUGAAGAAGGAAUACGAGGAGAGGCAGAAGAAGAAGAAGGAGAAGGAGGAGGAGGCAAAGGAAGGGGACGGCAAAAACGACAAGGACAAGGAGAAGAAGGAAGAGGAAAAAGAUGACAAAAAGGACAGCAAGAAGGACGAGCCCUCGGCCAAGGACAAUGCCAGCAAGUCGGACGGUCCUGCGACGCCCCCAGCGGGCGAAGAGCCUCGAGUCUUUGCGUUACGACAGGGCUUCUACAACGCACGGGUCGACAAGAAGCGGCAGAUCGAGACGAACCGGCGGAAUCGCGAGCGCUUGACGGACCCCAACUUCUUCCCAGCCGUACCCAAGGGAAAGCCCGUGUGAUGGGUGACAGACGCGGCGACUCCCAAUUGGUACAAGGCCAGUCGUGCUGUGGUUUUUGUGACACGAUAAUGGCACACCUCUUUGCAGCCAAGCGCCGCACGACCUUUCCCUUCAAUGCCGGCCCACCCACCAUAGUCGACUCUUGAACCUCGAUCGGGAAAGGCUGUGGAAGCCCCUCUUUCGCCCGCUUGUCUCUAUCGAGAUUGCGGGGUGGUGUGUGGUCCCCGGCAACGAAUGGUUAACACGUUGGACAAAGGACAAGACAGGUUGGCCGUCCCAUCUCCUGCGUCUCCGGUUCGUGGACCAGCUCUCUCGGGCCCGCAUCAAAUGGGCCGCCGUCAGCCGCGUGCGUCUAGUCUAUGCGUGGACCUGGGAAGGGAUACACACCCCAUAGACGUGCCCUGCCAACGAGGCCCGCGUUUUACUGCUUUUAUCCCUCUACAUCGGGAUGCUAGCUCCGGCGUCAGCAAAGCUGAUGCUAAGCCCGCAGGUCUCGUGAACGCUCGGCCCUGCACGUCUUCGGCCUGUCGUUGUCGGGCACAGCUAUCACGGAUCGGCGGCAGCUGGCACCGCCGGCCAAAGCAUACCGGCCACGUCUCACGGGCGUAGUCGGGGCAAAUUGGAUGUCUUGGUUUACCCUACUUCGCACCUGGCUCCCUAUUUGCUUCCGAUGCCUUGCAUCACCAUAGCCGUCCAUCUCACCCUGCUUUCUGCCAACA